AUGGCCCGGAGGGGUGGAAGCAUAGGGAGGACGAGCAAGGCAAAGGCAAAGCCGAAGGUGGCACCGACUCGUGCUCCCAAUCGGCCUAGUGCUCGUGCAUCAGCGCCAAGCCGUGCACAGGCAUCCCGGGCUGCUCCUGGAGCCAAGCGGGGAUCUGUGAAGCGAAAAGCAGAGGAAGCCAACCUAGGAGCAGAUCACUGGCACGACUUCGACGAGAAUUGCGAAUCUGAGGCGACCGAGGAGUCAUGGGAUCCCACUGGUUGUGAAGCAGAGGAUGUCUCCGACGCAGAGAGCGAGGAGAUGGCAGAUCCUAGUCGAAGUCGCCAUGGGCCCUCAGAGGCUGAUCGUGUUUAUGCAGAGCUGAUCCGAAACGGUGCCACACCGGCCAUCGUUGGAAAGCAACGAAAAGUUGGGAAGGAGCAGCCUGAGAUGGAACUCUUUACCCCAGCAGCUGCUGUGAAAGCAGGUCUGAUCUCCGACCCUGCGGAGGGGCGAAGACAUCGGCAAUCUUUCGGGUUUCCUUUCGGCAACCUCUUCAGAUUCUGA